AUGGUCUUCGCUAACAUACGAGACAUCUCUGGGAAGCAGUGCCAUUUUGUGAUCAUCGCACGUCUUACUGAAGACCCGAGUAUUACGGUCGCUGUCCUCGAGGCUGGUCCGGCGCAUCUCGAGGAUCCAGCAAUCCUUACUCCGACGGGAUUCACAGGGCAACUCGGUAACAAAGAGUAUGACUGGAUGUAUCAAACGGUACCUCAAAAUCAUUUAGAUAACCUGCAGUAUAUCAUAAACAGUGGCAGGGGAUUGGGCGGGAGUUCAUCUAUGAACUUCCUAGCUUGGACCAGGCCACCUCGUGAAGAUAUCGAUGCAUUGGUGGCUCUGGGCAAUCCGGGAUGGGACUGGGAGAGUUUCAUCGAAUACUGCAAGAAAAGCGAGAGGUUCGUUCCAGGCGCUCCGGACGUCCUAGCUAUGCAUGGACAAAAAUACGAGCAAGGCACCUUAGGAACUCAAGGACCUGUAACUGUAUCCUUCCCAAAGCUUGUCUCGAGGGGCGACAUAGCCUUGAGAAGCUCCUUGAAGUCCAAAGGUAUCCCUGUCCUGGACAAUGCGCUGUCAGGCCAGGUCACUGGAACCUGGUGCUCCGUCGCUACUAUCGACCCCGAAACACAAACACGUUCCAAUUCCGUAACAGCGUAUCUGUUGCCCCAUAUUGAUCGUCCAAACCUGGUGGUUCUUACGGGAGCCGUUGCUAAUUCAAUCAUAACCACAGACUCUUCAGGUACCGUCGUCGGGUCGGGCAUUGCUUUCACGCAUGACGGUGCAAAACACGAAGUAUACGCGGAGAGAGACAUCAUCCUAUGUGCCGGAGCUAUACAGUCUCCCAAAAUACAUGAGUUAAGUGGGAUAGGUGACAGGAGAAUCCUCGAACGCAUAGGAGUCGACGUCAGACUUGACUUACCUGGAGUGGGGAACAAUCUCCAAGAACAUAUAACUUACGUCGGCAUCAGUUUUGAACUGAAAGAGGAUAGUGGAGUGGAAACAUGGGAUCCCCUUCGGGAUCCCGCGUUUGCAGCUCUAGAAAGGGAGCUAUAUGACCAACAUAAAGAAGGCCUUUUCACAAUGGUCCCUUCAGGUCUCACUUUCUUGCCAUUGCAAAUUCUCUCCGAAAAUGCAGCAGCUAUUGUAGAGCGGCAUGCUAAAACACUCCAGGAGAAAGCCCAUCUGUAUACACCAGGGACACUCUUGCAGCACGAACUUCAGUUGGAGAAUCUCAGGAACCCACAACUUCCGGAAUGUGAGCUGAUCGCCUUCCCGGGAUUCCGCGGGAAUCUAAAUGAAGUACAGCCAGGCAGGCGAUACUUUUCCAUAGUCCCGACAUUGUGUCAUCCCUUUUCACGCGGGAGUGUACACAUCGCAUCCAGUGAUCCCGAAAAGCUUCCUCAAAUCGAUCCUUGCUAUCUUCAGCAGGACAUAGAUAUGGAUAUUAUGGUUGAAGCCUUCAGGUUUGCGCGCUCACUCGCAAACGAAGAGCCCCUACGAGAGAUCAUUGCGAAGGAGGCAUGCCCGGGAGAAGAAAUAUCAAGCGAGGAGGCAAUCAGGGAACAUGUCAAGCGCAGUUGCAAGUCAACUUGGCACACAUGCGGUAGUUUGUCCAUGCUUCCUAGAGAGUGCGGUGGCGUUGUAGAUCCACAGCUCAAAGUAUGGGGCACCAAGAACAUCCGCAUAGCGGACCUAUCUAUUGUGCCGUUACAAGUUGCUUCCCAUACUCAAGCCCUUGUUUACAGCAUUGCGGAGAGAGCCGCGGAUAUCCUCAAAUCGGAGAUAGGAUCGUUGCUAUAGACUAAUCCUGCUUCUGGUCCCGACAGCAGUGGAGUCCUCAUACACUACGUCGGUAAUGUCUUGCAUGAAAUCAAAUAAGCUGAUAGCUUUACAACGG